AUGGAUCUUCAAGUGCCCUGCCUGAGUGGCGUGGACUACGUGGCAACCGAGCGCAAGAAGAUGGCAGAAGACGUUGUGAAGUUUGCCGUCAACAUCUACGUACACGGUGUCAAGACAAAACCCAUUCGCAGUGUGAGCAAGUUCCUACCCUUCGUUGCCGAGAUGUGUCCCCAGGCCACUUUGUCCGACUCGCAGCGGCACGAUCUCAUAGCCCGCGUGCUCUUCGAGUCCGCAACCAAGUUCGGAGGAUUAGCUUUUAAGGCGCUUCAGUACGUGUCUCUGAGGACGGACAUCCCAUCUGGCUAUCGCCGCCACUUCUGUAAGGCGCUGGAAGAAGCAAGGUUUAUCAGUGAUCCGGAUGACAUCAAGCAGGCGCUGUCGUCCGUGGACUCGUCAUUGGGUGACCUGUCGGUCGGCGAGGUGUUGAAAUCAGGAAGCAUGGCUUCAGUCCAUGAAGCGUGGCUUGAUGGCAAGCCUGCGGUGUGCAAGCUGCUCCACCAGAAGGUGUGUCAGACCUACAAAGACGACCUUGACAUAAUGGUGCACAUUGCCAAAGAAGUGAACAAGGAGGAGCUGGCAAGAGGCAUAUAUCCAUUGUUGUCUGGGUUGGCCGAGAAGUUGGAGACUGUGCUGUCAGGGGAGACAGACAUGAGGAAGGAGGCGAAGAACCAAGGCUUUGUACGGCAGCACUUCGCGGGUUCGAGCAUUGUUGUGCCGGAGGUCUAUGAAAGCACGGAGCAAGUGCUUCUCAUGGAGAAGCUGGAUGGCAUUACCGGCUACGAAGCUGAGCAAAAAUGGGCAGAGGGCAAGGUGGUGGAUGUCUUCGGCCAGGCAUGGGAACGUGGAGCGGUGGCUUUGCUCGACUUUGGCCAAUGCUUCGCCAGCAGCGAUGCGCAGGUUGAGACGAGCAAAGCGGUCACCGCUGCCCGCAUUCUCUUUUUGGGCAUGGAGGGUAAGAUGUUUGCGGACAUCGGCUCCAUUGACCCCGAGGUGUCGGCCUCCGGUGGGCGUCAAAAAGUGGGGCUGAGUGACAAAUGCGAUCACCAUCGGGUGCUGAAGACCUUCAAGCAAGUGGCCAAGGCAGGCUUGCAGGGCCAGGGCACGGUCACCUUCACGCCCGACUGCCUCAUGCUGGAGUUCCCCGGCACCAACGAAGCCACGAAGGCGGCCGCAGAUGAACUGCAUCUCUCAGUCACCUCGGAGCAGUCGGAACAGCGCUUGGCCCAGAAGUUCGAGGGGGAGAAGGCAAAGAGCGAGGAGAUCCUUCGAUUUCUGGGCGAGCUCUUCCCAGGCCGGGAGCGAGCUCUCUGA